AUGUUUAGUCGCACAGCCGACAAUAGUUCGGAGUCUCCUCCCCAAGCGGUAGAAGCUUCGAACCCAACGGAACAGAGCAGCACAAGUUACACUAUCUCAGGAAGCACGAAUGGUGAUGGGAAACCUGCUGAGAAAACGAUAUCAUGCGUAUCAUGCCGGAAACGCAAGCUUCGCUGCGAUCGAGUCAAGCCGCAAUGUGGUACCUGUAUACGUCUACGGCAUGAAUGUGAAUUCCCGGAAAGAAGACGGAACACCGGUUCGAAGAGAAGAAAUAUGAAGGAACUGGAAGCAAGACUUGCACAGGUCGAGACCAAGCUCGUAUCGGAAGUCGAAGCACAAAAGAGUAAAUCCACACAAUCCGCCGCUGCCAAUCCCGGAAAAGGAUGGGAUAUUGAUGUUGAUAUUGAUGAUGCCAUGCUCGAAUCUGCCUUCCCUAACGAGCAAUUCGACUUUAGCUUUUUACAGCCACUGCGUCCACAAUCCUCGAUGCCUGCGGGCAACCCUCUUGCGCAGGAACUCAUUAGUCUAGGCUUGGAUGAACCACUUCCACCACAGCACAUAAUGGACGAACUAUUCCGCUUCUUCACGUCGUUAAACUUGGCACCUCAUAUGCGACCACCUAUUUGUCUACGAUAUGCUAUGUGGACAAUGGCAGCAUCGCUGUCAGACAAAUACACCGAAUAUGAAGAUGUUCUUUACCGGCGGGCUCGAAAAUAUAUUGAGGCUGCCGAAAUGAAGGGAUUCGGAGAGACUUUCGUGACCGUAUACCACGCUCAAGUAUGGGGCUUGUUAGCGCAUUAUGAAGCCAAGAAGACAUAUUUCUCGAGAUCGUGGAUGAGUACAGGUCGUUUGAGUCGACUAGUGAGCAUGUUAGGUCUGCAUCGCAUUGAUGCCGAUAAAUCGGACGUCAAACAAAUUCUCGCUCCGGCCAAAGAUUGGAUUGAAUUAGAGGAGCGACGGAGAACUUUCUGGUGUGCCUUUUAUUGCGAUCGGUGGGCUAGCGCAGGAACUGGUUGGCCGAUGUCUAUGAAUGAACGAGAUAUAUUAACGAAUCUUCCAUCUUCGGAAUUUGCUUUUGAACAUGGGGUCGAAGAAGAGACGCCAUCUCUUGCGCAGGCCAUGACUCCUGGUGGGGCCACAAAUAUAUCCCCUUUUGGUGGAGUAAUCAUGUCUGCUACGCUAUUUGGCCACAAUUUCGAGCAUCUGCAUAGAUCUGGCCCGAAUGAACGUCCAGAUGACUUCGCUAGAGGAGAAUUUUGGAAACGGCAUCGCCAUAUUGACAACGUUCUUUCUAACACCUUCAUGUUCCUUCCGGAUCACCUACGGGCACCAUUUGUUUCGCAAGAUAUGAAUGUAUUGUUUAUGCACAUGAACAUUCAUGCAUCGAUAAUCUGUUUACAUCAGGCUGCAAUAGUUACAGCUAAGCGACACAACUUGGAGCAGAGCGUCAUCAAGACCAGUCGAUUUAGGAAUCUUAUGGCGGCUCAGGAGAUCACUAAUCUGAUGCGGCUGUGCAGUCACAUUGAUCCCACCAAGUUGAAUACAUGGAUGGGCUUCUGUCUUUAUGUUGCUGGCGGCGUGUGCCUACAAAACGCCACAUCUGACGAACCGAAUCCCCAGAGUGUUGGUGACCUGGAGUUCAUAUUGGGUGCAAUGAACGCACUAGGAACUAAACACUCCAUUACGAAACAUUUCACCGCUCAAUUGGAGCUUGAAAUUAGUGUGACUGGUUUAGCAACCGAAGAGACACUGUUUCAAUGUUCGUUUCCAAGGAAGAAUAAUGAAGAGAUUACAACGCCUAAGAUUCCGAUGAGUGGACUUAUUCAUGGACGGCAGGGAAAGCCCAUGACCGCUGAUGAGCUUCAGAUUUAUUCAUCGAGAGCAACUGCAUUCAACCAGCGUGGCUCACCGGACAAGCCAUCCCCUGAUUCUUCUAAAACCGACUCAACCGACACUCAUCAUGAUGCAGAUGCAUUUCCACAACCCGCGAUAGGACCGUUCAACACCCCAGGUGUCAUUGAACCCCCAAGACACGUCAGCUCAUUUCCCUCAUUCACGCCAAUGCUGCCACACGUCAAGAUCCCUUUCAUUGGCAUAGAUCUCAAUUCCAAGCCCAACCCAGACAUAUUACCUCGUCCUCCAGAUGACACAAAAGACUCGUCGACAGGCUACAAAUUCCCCUUUCGGCAGGGCCCAACGUUUCCAGGUAACUCAGCAGACUGGUCUCAAUCGGAACCUCAACCAGAAGCCCACCCUCCGCCUCUAACGAACGCCGAAAACUUCGCAUUUCAAUUUACGAACCCCGUUUGGUUUUCGCAGGAUUCGCUCUUAGGCCAGCCUGCGAACCCGGAACUUGAUGCGUUAUUGGUUGGCACGGAGUGGGAUGGGAACCAGCCGACAGGAUGA